GCCGUAGUUUGUUCGAUGGAAAAGAGGGGAAGAAAGUUAAGAAACAGAUCAGACUCAGUCUCUCACUCACGAGAACUCGAUGUCUCCCUUCCCGUUGACCGCCGGCCGCUAAUCUACAUUCUUCACUUUCCGCCCUUUCACACUAUAUCCUCUUUUCUUUUUCUUAAAAUUUUUAAAAAGAAAAGAGAGAAAAUUCAAGCGUAUAAAUUAAUCAAUUCACCAACUCUCUUUUUCCUGUGUUUAUUUGUUACUCGGUCCAAAUCUCCAAAAUCAAAUCUCCUUUUCUUUCUUUACUCUUAAACCAUCUCUUCCGAUCCCAUCAUCGGUAUAUUCUUCUCCCCCAUCGAAACGACGGCGUGGCGCUGUACGGAAAUGGGAGGUAUGGAUGUCGGAGGAGGGAUCGCCGGGAAGUUGUGGAACAAAUUCAGGAGCGAAUCGGUUUUUGUUAACUAUACUCCUUUCUUCGUUUGCUUAGCCGCUGGCAAUUUAAGCGCCGAUUCCUUCCACCACUAUAUCUCUCAACAUGUUCAUUUACUCAAUGCCUUUGCUCACGCGUAUGAAUUAGCGGAGGAAUGCGCUGAUGAUGACGAAGACAAGAAGGCAAUACGAAACUUAAGGAAAUAUGUUCAAGCCAAGCUUAAAUCACACGACUCUCUUGUCCGAGAAUGGGGCUUUGAACUCCCAGAAGAAAGAAGCUUGACAAAUGCAACAGUGAAGUAUACGGAUUUUCUGUCGGCGACAGCUUCUGGUAGAAUUGAAGGUGAAAGAGUCCCGGGUAAACUUGCAACCCCUUUUGAGAAGACAAAAGUUGCCGCUUAUACACUUGGCGCUAUCGCACCUUGCAUGAGGCUCUUUGCCUUCAUAAAUAAAGAGAUCCAAGCUCUUCUAGAUCCUAAUGAUAGCACUCACAUUUACAAGAAGUGGAUUGAUCAUUAUUGCUCUGAAAAUUUUGAGGCUUAUGCUUUCCGAAUCGAAGAGUUGCUGGAUACUCUAAGCAUAUCUUUAACUGGUGAAGAGCUAGAUGUCAUAGAAAAGCUCUACCAUCAAUCUAUGAGACUGGAAGUAGAUUUUUUCUCGUCUCAACCAAUUAUACAGGAAGCAGUGGUCCCUUUGUCUCGUACUCUAGACCCCGCUGUGGGUGGUGAACUCUCCAUAUUUUGUGACUUUGACUUGACUUGCACUGCUUUUGAUUCCUCUGCUAUAUUAGCAGAGAUUGCAAUCAUAACAAGGCCAAAGGCUGACCCUGAUGGAUCUGAAACCCAACUUUCUCGGAUGUCAUCAGCUGAUCUGAGGAGCACAUGGGAUGCUCUUUCUGCCCAGUAUACUGAAGAGUUUGAACAAUGUGUAGAAAGCAUCACAACAACUAAGACAGCGGAAACUUUCAGUUAUGAAGGUCUUUGCGAAGCCCUUGAGCAAUUUGCACAUUUUGAGAAGGCUGCAAAUUCAAGAGUGGUUCAGUCAGGAGUACUUAAGGGUUUAAAUCAAGAGGAUAUAAAAAGGGCUGGCCAGCGUUUGAUCCUUCAGGAUGGUUGUAAAGGGUUUAUUCAGAAAAUCAUGAAAAAUGAAAAUCUCACCGCUGCGAUACAUGUACUUUCUUAUUGUUGGUGUGGGGAUCUCAUCCGUUCAGCACUUUCAUCAGCAGGGGAUCUAAAAGCACUAAAUGUUCACUCCAAUGAGUUAUCUUGUGAAGAUUCCACCACCACAGGGGAAAUCAUUAAGAAGCUAGAGUCUCCCAUGGAAAAGCUCCAAGCUUUCAAUAACAUAUUAAACAACAGAGACAAAGAUGGCCAGCACUUGACGGUUUAUAUAGGAGGUUCGGUUGGUGACUUACUCUGCUUGCUGGAAGCAGACAUAGGUAUCGUGAUGGGAUCAAGUCCCACCCUGAGACGAUUGGGAGAACAGUUUGGCAUUUCUUUUGUGCCGUUGUUCUCUGGUUUGGUGGCAAAACAGAGAGAAGUGGUUGAAGUUGGGUCUUCUAAUUGGAAAAGACUUUCCGGCACUUUAUAUACAGUCUCUAGCUGGGAUGAGAUACAUGCAUUUAUUCUGGGUUCAUCAUCAUAAAUCCCUCGGAAGCAAUUUACAAUCAUAUAUUUAUUUAUAUUAUUUUAUAUUUAAUCUCAAUUGUGGCUAAUUUUUCUCAAGGUCCACAGGUCAGCCCUGAUUCUUUUUUUUUUCCCCUCCUCCUUGCAUUAGGGACUGCCAUACAGAAAUUCAUUAUACAGGUCCUGGUAUUACAGGUAUAAUUGUGUAGUUACUGAAGCAAGUUCAGUAUACAAUGUUUUGGCACGGUUGUGUGUUGAGGUGCAUUUAAGCAAAAAUAUAGUUUCUGAUUUGUUGUAAUGUCAAAGAUAUAAAUUCUUUACAACACUCAAGAGGAACAUAUGUAUGAUUUAUGAUUCUAUAAAGUUAUUUCUCUCUUCCGUUUGCAAA